CAGUUUUAUUACGGGACGGAGAAAUGUCGGCACCAACGAAAAACCAGGUAAUUGUGCUCCAGCCUGGUUACUCCCGCGAGGAUGAACAUGAUUCGACUGCCAUGAGGGCAAACUGCACCUGUACGCUGGUUCGCUGCAGAGACGGCCUUAAUAUCAUCGUCGACACCAUGACAGCCUGGGAUGGCGACCUGUUGCGUUCUCUACUGCGGCACCAAGGUCUGGAAGUCGAGGACAUACAUGUUGUCGUCUGUACCCACGGACACUCUGAUCACAUUGGAUGCAAUUAUCUGUUUCAAUCGGCUCGAAUGCAUAUGGUUGGAGCCUGUGCCUCCAAUCGGGAUUUAUACCUGGACCAUUUAUCCAGCGACGACGAAAACGAGGAACUGGCAUUGGAUACAAAUGGCGAGGUUGUGGUCAAGAGAACGCCCGGGCACACGCUUAGUUGUGUUUCUGUCAUCGUGAAAAACACACAGUUUGGCGGCCAGGUGGGUAUUGCCGGAGAUCUCUUCGAGCGCCGUGAGGAUGUGGAGGAUGAAAGUAUUUGGCGGAACGCCGGCAGCGAGGAUGAGAGCAGUCAGCGCGUGGAGCGCAGUAAAAUGGCGGUAUUGUGCGAUCACAUUGUGCCAGGACAUGGAUCAAUGUUUUCUGUGAACACAGAAAUGCGUCUUAAGUUAAAACAAUUCGCCGAAUUGCAGCAAGUAAAUAAUAAAUAAUAGUUGUAAUGGCCACCA